AUGGAAACACUGGAGUCGGAGCUGACCUGCCCAAUCUGUCUGGAGCUCUUCGAGGACCCCUUGCUCUUGCCCUGCGCUCACAGCCUGUGCUUCAACUGUGCCCACCGUAUCCUGAUCUCCCAGUGCAGCCCCAACGAGCCUGUGCAGUCCAUCGGCGCCUUCCAGUGCCCAACCUGUCGCUAUGUCAUCACCCUCACCCAGAGGGGCCUAGAGGGACUGAAGCGUAACGUCACUUUGCAGAACAUCAUCGACCGAUUCCAGAAGGCUUCCGUAAGCGGGCCCAACUCUCCAAGCGAGACUCGCCGUGAGCGGGCCGCCCCGGACGGCACGGCCAUGACCUCCCCCAGCGAGACGGUGCAGUGCCAGUUCUGUGAGCAGGACCCUCCCCAGGAUGCCGUCAAGACCUGCGUCACCUGCGAGGUGUCCUACUGCGACGAGUGCUUGAAAGCCACCCACCCCAAUAAGAAGCCCUUCACCAGCCACCGUCUGAUCGAGCCCAUGCCGGACUGCCACCUCAAGGGACUCAUGUGUCUGGAGCACGAGGAAGAGAAGGUGAACAUGUACUGUGUCACAGAUGAACAGUUGAUCUGUGCCUUGUGCAAACUGAUUGGUCGGCAUCGGGACCACCAAGUAGCUGCCCUCAGUGACCGCUAUGAGAAACUCAAGGUAAGAGAUGGUCUGUGCUGUACUGUGCUACUCUGUACACAGCUUCAGGAAUGUCUGGGGAGUAUGGGAAGUGAGUGAUUGACUGUGAAGAGCUCACUAUGUGCAAUACUUUGUGUCCGCUGAGUGGAAUAAAUGUGCAGAUUAAAAAAUCAUAUUUGAUUCAAAUCAAGUUCAAAUUAUUUGAGUGUAUAUUAGAUAAACAAUAUUAUGCCUGAAUUGCCUGAGACAUCAGAUUCAAUAUCUGACCAUACUUUUAGUGUUUUGUUGAGAUUCACCACACACAUUUUCCGAGAUCACAGUUAAUUUUGUCAUUGCUUACUAUUUAGAAAUGCAAAAAAAUUAUGUGAUUGAUCAUUGUGUUGUUUUCCAAAUGUUGCCUCAUCCUAAAAAAUCUAUGUGACAUACUGCAGCGUGAGGAAAACACGUUGUUCCACAAUUCAUAGAGGCAUCAUGAUGAUGGCAUUUUAAAGAUUUAAACUUGAGGUAGUAUCAAAUAUUUCAAUAAAUAGUCUUUCUCCUAUUGAUAUCCUCUGUUAACCAAUGAGGAAUGUUUCCUCAGACUCAUGAGUAAAUCGGGAGUCAUUGUUGUUGGGAACGGUGCAGCACAAGAACAAUACAAUCAGGUCAACUGUGUUAUACUGUAUCUACUGAACUCUUGGCUUACGGAACGUCAAAACAAAGCUAACCGUAUUAGAAACAUGUCAAAUUGAAUUCCCCCAUUCAGUCAGAUUUCCCAAUAAUACAUCCGCAUUAAACACAUGUGAGGUCUGUUAAUAUUUCAAAGAGCAGGAGCAUUGGGAACAAGGAGUGAUCACAAACCAUGACACUCUUUCUUUUAGCAGCUUAAAUAGAACAUUUGCCACGUAAUUCCAACCAAUAAAAAAGAUAGCUUCCAGGGUUUCAGGUUAAGUAGAACUAACCUCUUUCCCUCCAUGUGUCCAUAUUAAUAUGGUAUCAUGAGAGGCUCUUAGCUGGAACACACAAAAAGGUGGCCACGCAUUCCUUGCACUUAAGACUUGAAUGAGCCCCUGUCAAAGCACUGACAUUUGGGCUUUGUGGGCAUGUAUUUUGCCAACACACCAUGGGACUCGAUCAUGGCUCCAGAAACCUCAUGGGAGCGAUUGAAUGCUUUAUUACCAGGCAGAACCAUGCAGCUGUGUAUUAUAGUUAGCCUUUCAUAUGGAAAUGUAACCCUCACAUUUGACAAGUUCUAUCAAGAGACGUAGCAAACAGGGCUGUGAUGUCAGCAGACCUCAACCCUUUACAUUCUGUUGAUCAACAUGCAUUGAAGUAUUUUAUCAUUGAAGUCAUUUUUUUUUAUAUUUACAAUUCAUCAAUACUUUUUUUUGUAGUUAACAUUUCCUACCCUUUUGUCUUUCAUGCACAGCACAGUAGCCGUAUCUAUUAUCGUUUAUCACAGUUGAUUGAUGGCCAAGUUAUGGUUUAUUUGAAUAUUUGCAUAAGGCAGUGUUUAGUCAAUGCCUUUAUUCAAGUAGAAGUCAGUGUAAUAAUGUAAUAAUGUGACUAGCUGAAGAGUUUCUAGGGACCACAUGGACACCAUUGCAUGGCUUUGAAAGACCACAGGACUUUUCACAAAUAUAUAAAAAUGUAACACUAUUUAUGCAAGAAUCACAAAAAGGGAUUUUGCGUUACAUAAUACGCACAGACUACUUUUUGCUUGGCCUUUCUCCAAAAACAAAGAGAAUGCCAAGCUUGGUCCUAGACUCCCAGUGAAACUGAGAUGCGGUAAUCUUAGAUUGCAGCACUAUGGCGAUCGAGGUCAGAGCAUCAGCGUUAACCAGUGUCUCCUGUGUUUGAUCAUGCUGUCAUUGUGCAGAGAACUCCAGGCCGCUAUCUCAGUGAGAGGAGUGAACAGGAGGAAGCAGACCAGGAGAUCUCUACGGUAUCUACCGCAUUAAUCCAACUCUACAUUCAGGGACAGGUCUACUAA